ACAAACCCAAAUAUUUAUAUCAUCCAUAACACUUGCACGCAUUUCAUCGCCAACGAUCUUUCAUAUUUUCUCUGCCCCUUCUCUCUCAAACUAAACUACCAUGGCUGUGGAAGCUCAUCAUCUCAAUCAGUUUUCCUCACACCUCUUGGGCAAUCGAGAUAUCAUUGCCUCUGUUCAACCGAGUAUGAAUCUGAUCUACAAUAACGCCCAGAUGCACACUUAUAACUCCUCCCUUCUCCCAUUAUCGGGCACUUCCACCGCCACCGCCACCGACGCUGCUCUUCUUCCGGCGCCUUACAGUUCUUUCAUCGUCGAUUCUCUUCCUCAGAAAAAUCCAAUGAAAUCUGACAGUGGCCUCUCCUACGGUCUCCCCGUCGCGUCUAGAAAGCGUUCCAGAGAUUCCACUAAUUACCCCCUUCUCUCCUACAAGAACACUACUGACAUUGAUAGCAGCUGUGCCGCUUUUUCAUUCCUCGGCCAAGACAUUUCGCUUCAGAUCCAACAGCAUCAACUCGAUAUCGACCGUCUCGUUGCCCACCAUAUGGAGAACGUGAGGGUGGAAUUAGAGGAGAAGCGGAAGAGGCAAGCCAGGAGGAUUUUAGAGGCGAUCGAAGUUGGGAUGAUGAAGAGGCUCAGAGCGAAGGAAGAAGAGAUAGCCAAGAUUGGGAAACUGAAUUGGGCUCUGGAACAGAAGGUGAAGUCGCUUUACAUGGAGAAUCAAAUUUGGCGGGAUUUGGCGCAGACCAACGAGGCCACAGCCAAUGCUCUUCGUACAAACCUGGAGCAAGUAUUAGCUCAAUUCAAGGAUGAGCGUCGAUUAAACGACGACGAAGGUGCCACAGUCGUCCCCGCCGGAGCAGAACUGAUGGAAGAUGCACAGUCUUGCUGUGGAAGCACGGGAGGCGUCGACAUCGACGAGCUGCGAGAUGAAGGAAGCAACGAAGGGGAGGACUUGGAAGGGUGGCGCCGGGUAGGCGGGGCUGCGAAGGCUAAGGAGGAGGAAGAAGGUAAUAAAACAAGGAGAAACGGCAUGAGCAACCAGAGCAGAUUGUGCAGGAAGUGUGGGAGAGAGGAAUCGUGCGUGCUGAUCCUGCCGUGCAGGCACCUGUGCCUCUGUCCUGUUUGUGGCUCUUCUCUCAACACUUGUCCCAUCUGUAAUUCCUUCAAAACUGGUAGCGUCCAUGUUAACAUGUCCUGAGUUUUGGAAAUAUCACCGACAAAAAACAAUUUUCACAAAGGGGAAAAAAGAAAGUAAAAAAACGAAAAAGUUUCUUUGAUUCAUAUGUA